CGACAAAGCUUUCGAGCAGUUAUUGAAAAAAGAAGUAAUGGGUUUUGUUCAUUCGCUGUCAAAAAGCGUAAUUCCGAGCUGAUGGACGAUGAUGGAGAAGAAGAAGAAGAUGACGAUGAUGAGGAUUGGGGUGAAUUUGAUGAAGAAGAUGAAGGAGAAGAAGAAGAAGAUGAAGAUGAAGGAGAGUUUUUACCAAUGGAUAAGAUGAAGAAAUGGUUAGAGAAAAAGCCUCGUGGAUUUGGGUUAGGUAAAAAGUACGAAACUUCAAUUGAAGAUAAGUUGCUCGACGAAAUUCAGCAAAGUUGGAAAGCUCAAGCUGCUAAUCUCAAUAAGCUUAAGAAUGAUCCUCUCAAGUCUCAACAGCUUAAGCGUGACAAUAAUCUCCUUAAAGGAACUGGAGAAACUGAAAUAGGGUUUCGUGUUCGUGUGACUAAUCUUCCUAAGAAGAAGAAUGUUCAUAGAGAUCUUAAGGUUGCGUUUAAAGAAGUAAGUGGCGUUUUGAGUAUAACACCAGCUGUGUCUGGGAAUAAAAAGACUAAGGAUCCUGUGUGUAAGGGAUUUGCUCAUGUUGAUUUCAAAAGUGAGAUUGAUGCAAACAGGUUUGUGAAACAGUUUACUGGACAGAGCUUAGCAUUUGGGAAGGUUAUAAAGCAGAUUAAAUGUCAGGUUGUGGAGUUUACUUCUGAUGAAUCGGUAUCGAAGGAAGUGUACUUAGAUAACGGUUUCAAGGUGCAGAAGCUUCCGUAUUCUGGUCUUGAAGGAGAUUCUAAUGCUAAUGUUGUUGAAGAAGAGGCUUUCUUGAGUUCAGGGGAAGAAGAAGAUGAUUCAGAAGAAGAGCUAUAUGAAACGGAAGUGGAAGAAGAUGUGCAAAAUCAUAUCUCUAGUAGCAUUGAAUCUCCUCCCGUUGAACUGAGACGUGAUUUGAAAACCGAGUUAAAGUUUGAGAAAGAAGUUGUGAAGCGAGAGAUAAGAGAACAUGAGGAACUAGAGACACCUUUAGUUUCAUUCCAGGCGAAUAAAUCCGAGGAAGCUGUAGCGGAAACACGCUUGGAUGAUGAACAAUCUGAGGAAGCUGUAGCAGAAACACUCUUGGAUAAUGAACUUGAUGGGGAUGAUGUAGAAGAAGUCGCUGAAGAGAAUCUUGAACCUCUGAACAGUUCAUUGUCAUCAUCCUCAGAAGAAAAUCAAGUAGCUAGAAUCCGCAGGCUAGAGCAAAAGCUUCUCGGUAAAGAAAAACUCUUGGGUGGAGGAGUUGGCUUUGAUAAACCAGAAGCGAAACCCGCUAGAGUCGAAGGGAAGAAGAAGGAGAAAAAGAAGAAAAAGAUUCUUGUGAAAGGGCAAGCGAAAAAGAGCUCAAAGAUAGAAAUCCCUGGAUCUUCAAAGAGGUUAAAGGUGAAGGAGAAGGCUCUCUUAACCGGCGUCUUAGUCAAGUAUGCGGCUAAAGUUGCUUCAACCUCAAACAAUGAAUGAUCGAUCAUCAAAAAGUGAUCAAUUUUUGUUUUGAUAUUAAUCUUUAUCAAUUGCUGCUAGUAGUGAGCCGUCUUCGUUUUGUUCUUGUAAAAGUGUUACAUGAAUAGGGUCUAACGUUACGUGAGGAUUUGUUAUUUUUUUCCUGUACUUCUUCUUCAAUUUGUGGAGACAACAACGUGCAUAAACUUCAUUUUCAGAC